CACGCAUCGCGGCUCAGAGUGACACACGCGUGGACGUGCCGCCAGCUGAGUUAGCCAAGCACUCCCGAUGACAUUUAUUUAUUUAUCUGUUUAUCUUAAACUCCGACUGUCCAGCCUCCAGUCAGACCAGCUCUCUUUUUUAUUUUCUUGGUUGUUGUUGUUUUUUUGUUGUUUUUUUAAAUACAUGAAGAAACGAGCAGGCAGGAAAGGUGUUACACAUCUGGAUCAUACCAACGCAUCGGCUCGUGCUGCCCGGGCCACCACAGACAUGAGGAUUUCUCCUCCCGCUGCACAUAAAUGAUGAACACACCACAGGACCGCCACUGUUGAUAGCUGUCAGAUUGGCUGCCACUUCAGAUCUGGGAUCUGGCAAUUGAAGCAAUUAACAAGGGGGCAAUAAUGAAAAACUGUCACAAACUGAAAAGAACAAGUCUGUUUCUUUGAUUAUGCAAGGCUGAAAAAGGAAAAAAAAAGAUGAGGAUACCAUCACCAGACUCUGUGCGUGGAUAUAAGCAUGGGGACACUGGAGCGUGGUUUGCUUUCUCUAUGGCUUUGCAUAAACCCAGAUGCCUCCCCUCCCUCUUGAUGAGCGCAUAGUGGUCAUUCAGCGCCCUAAAAACGUAGCCUUGUGUGAGACUUCCCCACAAACCAUCCCGCAGCAUUCCUCUCAAAUAUCAGCCUCCUCUAAUGGACAAAUCGCCCACCCUCCUCAUCUCCACCCUUCUCAGUCCCAUUUCUACUCACCCUCCUGUAAAUCUCUGACUCUGGAAUGCAAGCGCAGAUCCUCCCGUGUGCAGAAAUUCAAGUGCGACCAGCCUGUCAUCCCAGCGGGUGUCGGACACAUCCCUAGCCACUGCCAUAGCAAUGGCACUGUAACUCUUGGCCCACGACUUCCCUCCCACACACAUACUAUUGAUAUCAGGGUGACAGUGGACAAAGGAGGACGGGCAGGAGGAUUCAGCAACUCGUUAGGGCGCAGCGGAAGUGUAAAAGGUGGCAAAGGGAAAUGUGCUUCUUCACAGUCGGAUCAAGGACAAUGUGAGAGAAAAACUGGAACUGCAGGGAGGCCAGGUGGAGGCGAACACAAGUCACAGCGAAGUCGCCAUAGUCAGCUGUCAUCUUCCCCCGGAGGCGUCUUACAAUUCGUCCCCGCUCAGACGCAGCAGCAUAAGUUCAGGAGUGAAAAGGAAAACACUAGUUUUCUUAACAGAAGUGACCAUGAAUUUCCUUCUCUAACUUAUAAAAACAAUUCCAAACUGGGAACUGUCCAUCAGAGCCAUAAUAGUAACAGUCUGCCCUACCACCACAACUCCGUCCCUGUGCCUCAUGCUGCCAUCCUAAACUCCAACUAUCCCUCACCCCCUCCCUCCCAACCCACCCAUGUCCCCAUUUCCUUUCAGCAACUCAGCCAGCCACACCCGUCCCGCAAUAGGGAUCACCGCCCUCACAUUCUUCAUGGUCUGCCCCUCUCCCCCUGCUCCUCCCACGCCGGAGGGUUCCCCAGCCCUGACCAUACCUGUACUAUUGACUGCACCCACCCAUUCAGUUGCGGCUGCUGGAGGUUGGUAAGAUGCAGAGGGUGUAAGGGACACUCUGCUGGCUUCCAAGGAGGUGGAGGAAGCUCUUCCACCUCGUUUUCCUGUGUUCACAAUGUCGGAGCAGUGAAGAGAGGAGGCAAAGAAAUGGGCCUGAGAAAUCUGGGUGGGUGUUUGUCCACCACCUCCACCUCCAACACCUCCUCUUCUAAUAGCACUGUGUCUGACUGCCGAGCCACCCUGUUCAAACCUCUCCGCUGUGCUUCCUGCUCUGGUGAGGCCAGAAACUUCGAGAGUCCUGCUAUCCUUCGUAAAAAACUUGUAGGAGGAUGCCUGCCCUGUGCCCCGCUGUCGUCCUCGGCCCCUCUCCGGGCAAUACAGAGCUGCGUCACAGGCUGCAACCCCAAAGCCUCUCAGACAGGCAGCUCCACCUGCAGCUACUGCAGUAGCGACCCCAUAGUGGUGACAUUCAACCCUCGCCGAGGCAAACCCCCUGGAAGAGGCAUAGGAGCAGCUCACCCGAUGGGUAUGUUCCAAGCCGAUGAUGAUGACUACAGUGUGCGCACGAUCUGGCCUGAAGAACUGGCCAAGAAGAUGACCCAUUCUAAAGCCCAAAAGAAUCACUGUGCCGGGAUGGGAGUAGGAGUCGGGAAGACCUGUGCAAGCCAGGCCCAAAAUGGCAGUAACGGAACAGGCCUUGUCCUUUUGGACUGUCAAAACCUCCAGGAAUACACACAGUCUCAGCUAACAGAUCAUGCUGGCCGACGGCGGCUUCAGCAAGGAAAAAUGGCUGCCCUUGAUUUUAUGGGCUGCAGGUCUGGCUCUGGGUAUGAUGAAGGCCGGAACUCGCUGAAGAGGCUCUUGAAUAAAGCCGAAGAUAUGGGAAUGGGCGAUGGUCCUGAUCAAGACGGAGAUGCAGCAUAUCCAUGUUCCCCCUCUCCCCGCUCUGCCUCCCCACCGUCACCUGUGUCCUUUUCGCCUCCACCGUCUGCCCCGAGCACACUCAUCAAACCCAGACCCUGGCAGAGAGAAAGGGAGGGAGGACAUUCACUGCCGUCGGCUCAGUCACUUCACCUGGCUCUAAAUUCCCUUAACAGAGAGCAAGAUGAGGAGAACAGCAGAAUGCACCUUUCUCUGCCGCUCUCCUCCUCAUUGCCAGCUUCUCUGUCCGAUGAAAGUGCAAUGACUCCUGAUGCGGAGAAUGCCGUGGUCAGCCCCAUCCUGCCCUUCCUGUUUCUGGGGAACGAGAGAGACGCCCAAGACCUGGACCUGCUGCUGCGCCUCAACAUCGGCUACGUGGUCAACGUGACCACACACCUGCCCCUCUACCACGUCAACUCUGGACUGCGCUACAAAAGGCUGCCAGCCACUGAUAACAGCAAGCAAAACCUUCGACAAUACUUUGAGGAGGUUUUUGAGUUCAUUGAGGAGGCAUAUCAGAGUGGACAGGGAGUGUUGGUACACUGCCAGGCAGGUGUGUCCCGUUCCGCAACCAUCGUUAUCGCCUACCUUAUGAAGCACACCCUCAUGACAAUGACAGAUGCCUACAAAUACGUGCGGAGCCGUCGUCCAGUGGUGUCCCCGAAUCUAAACUUCAUGGGUCAGCUUUUGGAGUUCGAGAGGGACCUCAACUCUGGGGUGACUCCUCGUAUCCUGAUGCCUAAACUUAAUGGUGUGGAGACGCAGGUGUGAAAAAGUCAGCUUACCGCAUGUGAAGAAGAGAGAAACCAGAGAGAUUAAAGUGGCAUUAAUGAGUGUCAAAGAAAGAGUGCAGCACAUUUUAGAAGAGAGACAUGAUGAGGAAUAUUACAGCUGGAAAAUGUUGGUGUGUUGGGCAAUUAGUGCACUUUUAAUACUGUGAGACAAAAGACUGGAUGCUUCAUUUGUUUAAGUAGUAACCCUUAGACAACAUGAUCAUCAUCCAGUAUGCUGUUUAUAAGAUAAUGUGCCAAUAUUUUGUAUAGAUCUAACAUCACUCUCAGAUAUCUUGUUUCUUUUUUUUUUUCUGAUGCCUCUUCCCUUUUUUUCCCAGACGUUUACACUCACAGCCACACACAGAAUUACACUGACUCUGUUGCCAUUAAUCAUAAAUGCAUGCAGACUGGGAAUGCAAACAUGGAAAAAGUUCUCUGGUAAUGUCUUACUUCAUUUACAAAACCACUGUUUCCACCACAUGUAGCAACACACAGAUUUUUACAAUGCACUUUACUUCCCACGCAUUUGUUUUUCGUUAUCACCAACUGAAUUGUCACAAGGAUGAGAAUUUGUCACACGGACCACAGUCACUGUUUUUGGUUAAUAUUAUCAUGUCUAUGGGUUUAAACCUAUUUUGAAACUGUGCAAUAGAGCGGCAUGGGCCUAGCAGGCAGCACUGAGUAGCAUUAUCCUGAACUUAUCACUAAAGGGGCAAACAGCUCAUGGAAAUGUGUAAGUAUGGUUUUAUUUCAGUGGUGCAGCCUGUAUAUUAGAAAAGUAUUGCAAGUCUGAAAUAAUGCUGUCUUCUGAUGAGGCAUUCACAGUUCUGGAAUAACAAUAUAAUACAAGUACAGCUGUCAUUAACACAGUGUUAAUGUGUGUCAAUAAAUAAAAAAUAAAUUUCAAUAUGCAGGUUAGUACACUGAAAUAAGCUCAUUAUGAACACAUUUACAGCAGAACUGAAACCACAACUCAACAGUACUUUCAGAGAUUUUUUUUAUUUUCAUGCACACUAUGAUUUACAGUACAUUUGACUGGAGUUGUGGAUUUGCAGGCAUUGUCCUGCUGUGAUAAUGUGCUUUAAAACAGCAGACCUUCUCCAACUGUGCACUAUUUAUUUUGUUUUAAAUUCAUAAGAGAAAUGCAUUAUUUUUAUUAUUUUUUUAUGAUGUAAAUUUUUUUUCUUAAUCAGUGUUUAGCAUGAAACCGUCCUGUUACGGUGCGCAGACAGAUAUUUCUUAAACUUUAAAGAGCACAUGGAAGUUUGAUUUGUUGGCGAUGACACAGAAACAGUAAAGAGGUAACAUGCCUUACCUGUCUGCUUGGAAACAUAGAGCCAAACUUAUUCCGUGUGAAGGUGAAAAAAGUGUGAAACUAUAUGCUUUUUUUUUGUAAAUCUUGAUUUCAAAUUUAGGUUACAAGUGUUAUUUCCCACAGUAGCAAAAAAGGGACUGACAACCAAGUACCAAUUUGAAAAACACUUACACUAUCUUACCUAAGUGAUGAACACACUUAAAGCCAAAUCUACUUGAUAUUUAGUUACUUUAAUACCUUUGUGAAGGAGUGUGAAGGUGAGCUGAUUAGUUGUUACUCCCUAACUGUUCUUUUGCCUUAUUGUCCUUUCUGAACUUCUUAACUGUGUCCCACAUGACUAUGCAUUAUUUUUAUUAUGAAGAGUUUGGUUUGAUAAGAGAAGGUCACUUGAUUCACUGUGAACUCUUCCUCUGUAUUGUUAAGGCUAAGACCUGAGUUCUGUUCAGUACACAUAAAAUCACAGUUGUAGGUUCAAUCUGCACCAUGGCUAUUAUGGUAAAGGGUUAGCAAAAAACAUUACUGAACUUACGAAGGUAUGAAAAUGGCUAGAAACUUUAACAAAACAGCUAGUGGCUCAUAAAUGAGUUAUAAUGUAUAAAGUUAGUGCAGAUGGCCCUCUGCGUUGUGCAGCAAUCUCUUAACGUUGGGGCUAUAAACAGUGUAAAACAAUGUGGUUCAAACUGCAGUGUAUCAUAGCUUUCUGUUAAAACUCCAUAUAAUAUCAAAUUCACUUUAACAGAAGAAGUCUGUUAGCUAACAAUGGGAAUUAUUUUGCACAUUUUUUAAACUGAUACUGUUCAAAUUUUUGAUAAUAUGCUGUUAAUAUAUAUUCAGUAAUUUGUGACUUGAGCAUUUGCAAAAAAAUGUAAAUAUAUUUUUUUGCUAGCAUUAAUUGUUAAACUGUCAAAUAUAAAAUUUUAAGAGAGACACUGUAGGAACAUGGGAUAAGGGGUAUGUGUGCUCUUAUUAUUUUAUUUAUUUGUGUUCUGUUCUUUUCGUCUGACAGGAACGCCUGGGCACUCUAAUGGUGCAGGGAUAUGCUUCUCUUAUUGAUUAAAGAUCAUUUGACAACCCAGAUUAAAAAGGGAAAGUACAGUAGUAGCUUGUGUGUCCAUAAAAACUCAAACAAAUCACAGAAGUAUAUGAGACUGAAUAUAAACGUAGAAGCUUAGUUUGUAUUUCUUUUUAAUUCUUAUCAUAUUUCCAGUGGCCCCCCUUCCCAGAUUUGAACUUGUGAUUAAGAAAACACCCUGUUACAAGUUCCUACAACCAAAAUGCCUUCAGUUUAGCCUUGUGUAAUUUGGUCCUCCAGUGUUGUCAUUAUUAAUAUGAAUUUGUAAAAUGAUCCUGAAAUCUGUUUGUUGGAUUUAUUUUCUGGUUAAGUGACUUUGAUAUAGGCUAUAUAUUUUUCUACAGUCAAUCUUCUGUCAAUCAUGUUGGGUAUGCACAUAUACUGUAACUGUGUAUUUACAGGUUUUUUUACAUGACUCUUUGUUUUUUAUGAAAGGCCGUUUUGGCAGAACGACAUCUUCCAACUCUGCAGUGACAAUAAGGAGAUUCAGCUGUGCUUUGCGUUGCAGUAUUACAGUUUCACUGUUAUCAGACCUCAGUAAACGUGGGUCAACAUACCGUAUUCCUGUUUUUACCUCUCGCCUUUAUUUCAGCUGGAGAGACUUCAACCAAACAUGCUGUUCACUCCUCCGGUCUCUCCAGCUCAGCUCACAGUAGGCGUAGUAUCGAUCAACCUUUGAAGAGGGCCUCUUGCUAUUGCUCCUUGAUUUUUAUACAGACUUUAUAUGCAAAAUGGCUGUCGAAGAAAUGUCUUUAAUUCCACGCUGUAUUGACUUGCUGUGCAGUUGAGUCAAUGCUGACCUCAGUCGUUUGUACUCGAGAGACACGUCGAAGGAAACUGAACAUUUUCUCUUUAAUUCGUAUAAACUGAAGGGCCAGUGUCUCUGUGAGUGUCAGUGUGUGUAGAAAUCUUCUGUUGAGAAGAGGAAAGUUGUUACUGUAUGUAUGAUACCUUUUUAAGGACAUUGUAUAUCCGUGCAUUGCUUAUUUGUGGGAACUGAAUCCUCAUUUUAAACCAAUGUGUUACUUCCUGUACCAAAUACUGAAUUUAAAGACAUUGAUUCAUAGCAGUGACGAUGAUGAGACGAUUCAAGAAAAAAGCAGAUCACCUCCUUCCUUCCUAACGGGGGUAAGAACUCUUCAGGUAUGACUAUCAUAGUAACGCUUUGUUGUUUCACCCUGCGGUCCUGCUUCCUCCAGAGACCCAAAAACUCAUGUUAUCUAACCUGUGAUGCUCCUCUGUCGCCCACUUCCUUUUCAUAAUGGAUUGUUUCUCUUAAGCAAAUGUAAUAUUUUCAUAUUGUAGUAACUGGUCCUUGUAUUUAGACAAUGUUUUUACCUUCAUGCACUGUGACUAAUACAAUGCUGCUAUAUCACAAAGACUUUUCUUUUGUACGUCACAUUUAGCUGAUGCAAAGUGGUGAAUAUCGCUAAAGGUGACCAGUACAAAGUGGGCUUAAAUAUGGAGGCCCUGCUUACAUCGUUCCAAUUAAAUCCAGGCUUCAUUGUGCUGCCUCGGUGCAGUGUAUUAAUCUCAGAGUGACUGUGUGCACAACCGUAGGAUCUGUUCCUGUUGGUCUUCCUUUAAAGCAUGAUAGAAAGAAAAGAGACUGUAAAAUGUAGCAGUAAAAUAUUUUUAAAAGCCCAUCUCAUUGUUCACUGUGGUUCAAUAAAACUGUGAUGUUGCUUUUUCUGCAACAGAGUUAAUUGUCAGAAAUUUUGUCUAGGUUGGGUCAUAUUGUUAUGAUUGUAUUUAGUUAUAGUAUGCGAAGAAAACAGGAAUAUUUGAGACCAAUCUAGACUCUGUAUUACAAUCACUUAAAAACUGUCGAGUUAAAACAUUAAUCCUGUAACUGAAACUUUGACAAGGUUCAUAUUUGUAUCACAUUUUGCUAUGUAUACUCAAAGUGCAUGUGUGUAUGCUGCAGUGUGGACAUGUGCGGCUAGAUUUGCUUUAACUUUUAAUUCACAAUUUAAGUGAAAUCAAACACAUCCGCAACAGAAUUGAACACAGAUUUCAAAAUAUUCAAACUAUUUUUUAGCCACAUUAGUCACAUGGCUCUAGGGAUGGCAGUGUUGGCCGGUAGCUUGGUCCACCACGCUGCUCCUGACUGAAAUACCUCAACAGCUGUUGGAUGGAUUGCCAUGAAACCUUUUACACCAUUCAUGGUUCUCUGAUGAUGAUUUGUAAAAGCUUGAAUCCUCUCUAGCACCAUCUACAUGUCUAGAACUCAGUUUAUCCAAUACUUUGGUUUAUAACUGUAAAAUAACAUUCCUACGAGCCUCAGCUGCACUUUGUGUUUAGUGCUAAUUUGAAAAUGUUAGCCUGCUAAUACGCUAAAGUAAGAUGUUAAACAUAUAGCCUGCUAAACAUCAACAUGCUAGCAUAAUUAUUGUGAGCAUGUUAGCAUGCUGACAUUAGCAUUCAGAAAUGAACAUUACAGAGAAAUGUGUCAAGUAAAUUUUACUGUGCACAUUAAGAUUAUUGUGAUACAAAUCUGCACAUUAUAACACAUAUUCAGAACCUGCACGGGUUUCAGUUGCAAGAUUUCUGUUGGUUUUAGCUCUAUGAGAAAAAAUAACUGGCAAAAAUAUUCAGUUUAAGUUCAUAGCAUCUACAGGAUAUGUAGUGAUGUCAAGUACUUUUAAAUUAGAAUUGGUAGACAAAAUUAAUACUGAACGAUGUCAGUAAUACAGAGUUUUAAACACACAUCCAUAGGCUAGAGAAAGAUGGAUUAGCCUUUUGUAUUUUAUUUGUUUGCUUCUGAGCUAAUAUGCCUGAAAUUAAAGUUUAUGAGAAACUGUAAUUAGAAUAUGUUUGGACCUGAUUUAAUUUGCCUCCUUAUAUAAAACAUAUUCUUAGCGUACAUAAGCUUUGAGGCUUAUGAACUUUGAGAAUCUCUCAGACUUAAAAGUAAAAAAAAAAACAUGCAUCUAUAAAUCAUCUUGUAGCACAAAAUAAUAUGCAAAAAAGUCAAGUGGAAUUCUACUGAAAUAUGCUUCAGAGAACCUGUAGAUAGCAAGUCAGCCAGUGUGAAGAUUAUUAUCUCAAAUAUACACAGGCCUACCAUGCACCCAUGGCUUCCCCGAGAGGAAUGAAGUUUAGAGGUUUAGAAAGUAACCAGUACAAAAGGUUUUGACAGCAGCAGGAUCUACCCCAUAGAGUCACAAGGAUGCAGAUGACAAGAAAAGGGAUGUGUGUGGGAAUUGAUCAUUGGUUUAGAUGUGGCUAUACUUGGCAUGAAGUCAAACUCCCAUCCAGGCAGAACAGUUGUGCAAUACAUAGGCACACCAGCUGCAUAAAAAAAAAGGUCUUUAUUGGAGGUUUUCUCUGGACAGCUGCUGCGCUGUGUGAGCAACAAACUCAGCUCACACAUGUACUUUCUCUUCCAUUUCUCGAUUGUUUAAUUAGCAGCUGAUUAAUCUGGUUCCUGUGUUGGUGACACGACUGAAGAUUUCCCAUCAAGGGAUUUAAUUGCCGUCUUGUCUUUUCUUUUGUUGGUUAUAGCUGAAUAUUAUAAUGUUACCUUAAUAGCAUCCUAAAUUGUGCAGUACAAAAACCUGAUGGCUGGAUUGUGAAGUUGUUCUCCAUGUUAAUUUCUAGUAAACACACUGGAACUGGCUCUUUUAAUAAAAAAAAAACCUGAGAAAUAAUAA